CAGGUGAAAUGAGUGGCGCAGAAGCGCUUGAGUUCCGAUAUUGGAACGAGCUACCAGACCAUUUGAAGAUGAAUGUCCUACAUUACCUACCUUUCCCUACUCUUCGCCAUUUUAUGUUUCUGAAUAGGAAAUCCUAUUCUCUAGCAUCUGUGGUGAAAUCGAAGGUGUUGGUCGUUCGUUUGGUGGACUCUCCCUAUGUGCGAGAAACUUCAUCGGAAGAAUCUAUAAUAAAACUGCUCAUUAUCUGGAGCAGGUCCUCUACGAAGAAAGGACUUAACCAGGACAAUGCAUACUGUAUGUCAUUCGUGGAUGACGGCAAAGGAGGAUGUUUUCUCAAAAGACUCAGGGAUAAAGAAACGAGCAUUUCGGCGAACACUGUCCACUACAACACUGAUCCAGAGUCUGCCGCUUUGAAUGUAUUUUUUCGGCUUACUGAGUCGCUUAAGUGUGAGAAGAUUUGCGUUUUACUGCGUGACAUGAAGCCAUCAACUGGACGUUUAUUGUCGAGUAAGCCCUCGACAACCCUUCUGAUCUGCGACAGUUUCAAGUUGGUGACAGAAGACCCUCGUCUCGCUUCAGUGUUUGUUCGCUAUCUCAUUCCUGGAUGUUCUCUAGAAUUUCAUAGCAGUUUACUUUGUGGACAAGUUAAAACAUCAACAGAUACGGCGUUCUUCAACACUAACGUGGUCAGAUUUGCACCUUCACUCAUCACAGAGUGGAAGAUGGCAGCUACCGAUGAUCACAUAGUUCAACUGCAUGCACACACCUUCUCCAUGAAAACUCCUGGCGUAACAUCACGUGGAAUCAAUCAGCUAUUAAUGGAAUGGUUCUAUGGUAGACGCCAAAUAAGUUGCGUCAUCUUUGAAGAGAUUCAAGACGCUGACUGGAAGAAGAUUCUUGGAAAACUGAAAUACUACAGAGAAUUGAUCGUUGAAGAACUAAUAGAUGUGGUUUCCGAGAAAAGAUUGCUGAAGAAAAAUCCGAUGUUUGGCUUCGAGUUGCGUAGCUCCAAUAAUGGGGUUUUGUGGCUCAUUAUGACUGGGAACUGCUGUAUGCUUACAGAUACUUCUACUCAAGGCUUUUAAUUACAAAUAGCAUUUUCAUAGCUAUGUCAGAUAUUAGUAUUACAAUAAAUCUGCAAGUAU